AUGGCCUCCCGAGGGAAAGGCCGGCUGCCGAAAGGACAGUCCUCGAAGGCACCAACUCCACCACAGGGCAAGACCCUCCCUCCUGUGGCUCCUACGGACACCUCAGACCUUGGCCUUAAGAUUACCCAGCAGGUGUUCGUGGCUGAGGAAUUUUGCCGUGGUAAUAGUAGUCGGGCUGAGGUCGAGAAUCAGGCGCGAGCGGAGGUGGAGAAAACCUUGGGGUCCCUCCAGCACGAUUAUACUGAACUUAUGGACAAGUUCAAGGAGUCGGAGAACCGGCGCAAGUCUGCAGAGGCUGGUUUAAAGAGUGCUGAGGCCCAGGCGGAGGACCAGCGCAAGGAGCUGUUCUCGACCCAGAUUAACCUUGCCACCGAGAAAGAACUUCUCCGGAAGUCAGCAGAAACAGAUCGAAACAAGGUAAACGGAAGAUGGAGAUACUGGUUGGACCAAUGGGUAGACACACAAAUUACUAAAAGUAGAGAAAUUGAAGAUUUGGACUCAGUUUUGACUUCAAAUCCAAGACAAACAGAUGACAGCGGAAGAAGACAACUUAAGCUAAGAAAUGUUAAGGGACAGAAUAAUUUUGAAGGAUUGGAUUCUCCAAUAUUUGUUCCCAAAAGAUCAAUUCAUCAUAGGAGGCAAUGCUCAUUGGGAGAUCAUAAUACUUUGUCAAGCUCUCUUGUUCCAACUUACAUGGCUGCAACUGAAUCUGCAAAGGCAAAAGCGAGAUCAAUGAGCUCACCAAAAACACGGCUCGAGAAUUUCGAUACAUGCUCUGAAAGCUAUUCACCAUAUAAGAAUAAGUUGUCUCUCAUAUCCUCUAUCACUACUGAAGUGCCAAGUGGUGGCAGGAUUUGCAAGACUAAUGGUUACCAGCAAAGAUCUCCUAACUUGAAAGGCCUUCCAGGUCCUAUAAAAUCCAGACAAAUGGUAAAGGAUCUCAACUUUAACUCAGAGUGCUCAUUGCAGAUUUGGGAUAGACAUGGUGGCUUUAGAUAA